UUGCUUGGAAAGGGGCGAGGAGAGGCGAAGGGGAGAGCGCAGCUAUGGCGGGCAAGGCGCGUCGGCGGGACAGGCUCUCCAUCCUCGACAUGUCGAUUGAGGACGACAGUCUUCUGCCGGGUAGUGCCGCAGCUUCUUCUUGUCCUGUUGUUAUGGAGGACGACGAUCCGCCACCGGAAAUGCGGAAUCAGGGAUCUCGAGAUGUCACGGUCGAGGAUGCUCCUGUUGUGGCUCCGGUUCCUCCAGUUCGAAAAAUCAAGAAGUACCAUAACUUGAGGAAGAGUCUUGCGUGGGAUAAGGCCUUUCUCACUGGCGAAGGUGUUUUGGAUCCGGACGAGCUUCCCAUACCAACGCGAUCAUCACCCAAGAAGCUGCCGGAGCUACCCACUCUUGAAGUAAAGUCCAGUUUACACGACGAGUGCAACACAAACGUGGAGAAGAAUUCCAACAGGGACAGUUUGCGAGUGAAAUGUUUUUCUGAAAGAUUCGACAGCCGUUCCAAGCCGCUUGACAUAUCGAUCAUUCAGGGGCCGGACGAGUCUGCUCGAGACACCUCUGGCUUGCCGAGUCCAGUGGUUCCCAGGUGCGCUCCUGCAAAAAAAGCGAUAGAAUCUGCUAUUCAAAAGGGCACUCGGCUACGACUUCCCAGUACAUUCACAGACGAGAGAAAGACUAUUCCUCGUCCAUUAAAGCCGCAGAAGGAAUCCAACUUGGGCAAGAGAGUAACCUCCGUUUCUAGGAGAGUUAAAGAUACACUGGGGAGAGUUCUUCCAGGGCGUACUGAUGCGUUCACAGCAGAAAGAUCCUCGGCAGUGCGUUUGUCCAGCGACGUCUCAGUCACAAGUGAAGGGGAGCCGAGCUGCUCGUUGCAAUCCUGCUCAGUAUCCGAUGCUCAUGAUGAGAUUCUAGAAGAUUUGGACACGGGAUACGUUUCGAGUUUGAAGGAGGAUCAGACAAAAACAAACGCGCUAUUGUCAGAGGACUCGCGAUCAAAGCCAACUGCACUGAAGAUGCCAUCUCCCAAACUCGGAUAUUUUGAUGCUGGAAGACCAACACAUCACUAUGCUACCAGGGCUGCAGUUAGAAUCCCUCCUGGUAUGCCGAGCUCCAAAACAAAGCCGCAUGGUUUGCCUAAAGGAAAGCCACCGUCAACAGCUAGCAUCGAGCGCAUUUCUUCGGCUAUUCCGUCAGCCCCGCACUUACGCAAGGUAACAUCAGGGGAACAGGAGAACUUAAAGAAAAAGGGACAUACAGACGAGAACAGCGAGUCAAGUUUGAAGGACGGCCCCGUUCCUUCAGCUACUAAAAGUCCGUUGGGAGUGAACGGUGGUUUGCUAAAUUCUGGUCCCAGCGUAGCCAAAGAGAAGGGCUCGUUCUUCGCGUUUGCAAAGAGGGCUGUCGGCCGUUUGGCGUCGCCUGUGCAGGAGAAGAAGAAAAUUUGGAUAGCUACUAGCUGUGAUGGAGCAUCGACAGAGUCGUCAGCUGAAGCGAUCAAAGAGGAUGGAAACAUUCUCAAGCCCGGACCAGUACAACAUUCGCCUCCCAAUAAAUUAGAACCUCAGCCAGGCCCGUGGUCUCCGGUUCGAAAGAAUGGAACGCAACUGGGUCCCUUCGACUGUACCAAGUCAAACGCUCAAGUUGCCUGGGACUGAGGAGAAGAGUUUAGGUAAAGUUCGAUGGAG